CGCAGCGAGCUCGGUCGCACCGGACAGCAACAUCCGGCGCCGGUCCGUCUCUAUACUCCUCCGGGGAGAAGCCACUUCCGGUAGCAUGGGCGCGUGCGCAGAAGACACUGCCCGGAGCUUUUAUUUCGGGUGCCCGGUGUUUCCUUCCGGAGAACGGACCUCAGACCGGAAGAGGAUGGCGGCGGCCGCCCUGAAGAGGUUUUGGGCCCGAGGACGCCGAGACGCGGGGGACGCGGCGGCUGCCAAGCCCGGCGUGUGGGCGCGGCUGGGCGCCUGGGCCCGCGCGCUGCUCAGCGACUACGCCGAAGCCUGCCGGGACGCGGCGGCGGCGGCGCGGGCGCGGCCCGGGCGAGCGGCGGCGUGGGCGGCGCUGCUGGGCGGCGCGGCGGCUUGCUGCGCGCUGGCGCCCAGCGAGGCGGCCUUCGAGGAGGCGCUGCUCGACGCGUCGGGGACCCUGCUGCUGCUGGCGCCGGCCACGCGCAGCCGCCCUGCCGAGGGCUUCGUGCAGCGGCUGCUGUGGCUUCGGGGCCGCGGGCGCCUGCGCCACGUGAACCUGGGGCUCUGCUCGCUGGUGUACGAGGCGCCCUGCGACCCCCAGGCCAGCCUCUACCAGGCUCGCUGCCGCUACCUGCAGCCCCGCUGGGCCGACUUCCCGGGCCGGGUCCUGGACGUGGGUUUCGUGGGCCGCUGGUGGGUGCUGGGCGCUCGGAUGCGCGACUGCGACGUCAACGACGAGGAGUUCGCGCACCUGCCCGCGCACCUGCGCGUGGUCGGGCCGCAGCAGCUGCGCUCCGAGGCCAACGAGCGGCUGUUCGACGAGAAGUACCGGCCCGUGGUGCUGACCGCGGAGCAGGUGGACCAGGCGCUGUGGGAGGAGCAGAUGUUGCAGCGGGCGAGGAGAGACCAGCUCGCCGCGAGCGAGGCGGAGGCCGCGCGGUGAAGCCCCCGCGGCGCCGUGCCCGGGAGCGCGCCGCCCUGCUGCCCCGGGUCCCGUCCUGGCCACGCAACCCCCGAGCUGAAGACGUCAGACUCGUCUCAUGCGUGGACCUGGCCUCCUGUUUGCAUGACGGGCGUCCCCGGUUGUGUCUUGUGUUUACUUUGCAAUAGAAGCUGGAAAAGUACCGCGGAGGCGUCCUGUGCGUUCUUCACCCGGGCGGCCCCCCCACCCUCAUCGGCCACGCGCGUGGCCGCCCCCAGGACCCGACGGGGAACCGUGCGCAGCCUCACUGGGCUGCGCGUCGCUGUGCCCCGCCCAGCCGCGCUCUGCAGGGCCAGCAGGUGGGGGCCCCAGGACCUGGCCCCUGCCGCCCAUGUGUGAGACCCGGAUGGAGCUCCUGGCUUCAGCCCCGGCUGUUCGGGCGUCUGUCUCCUCUCUCUGACUUCCAGAUAAGUGAAUGUCGCAGCAUCCCGCGCCAGCCUGCUGUGACCCGCUGUGUGGGCAGGGACGUGGAGGAAGAAGCUCUUUGGGAAUCCAUGGGAGUCGCAGGUUCCGGUUUUGUUGGGAGCCAGUAACGCAGGAAACAGACUUCUGCGGAAGGGAGUGGGUGAGGGCGCGGGACCGGGACCACGCGGGGUACGGGGACCGCACUUAGAUCUGGAUCACGGAAAGUGGUGGAGCCGUGACGGUCAAUAAAACCCGGAGGAGAAGCGGCCUGGCUCGGCGUGGUUCUGUGUCCACUUCCCGCUCCGGCCCGGGGCGUCGCGCACGCCGUGGUCUCUGUGGCCUGAGUUCUGGGCCCAGAGCGCCUGCGCAGUGGGCGGCUCCACCUCGGAGAGGCCGAGCCGAGCUCAGGUCUGCUCCUCCCAGGCCCAGCGCCGCGGCACGUCCGCUGCACAGCCCGGAGCUUGGUCUCGGGUGCGCGCUGUCGUCUUGUCUGACCCUACCUCUUGCCCAGAUCAUUAACUACUGCAGUCCGUGCUCCGAGUAAAUCUGGGGUGCAGAAGUCAGUGUGAGGAUUGGAAGGACACAUUGCCAGCACUGGCACAGCGGGUGAAGCCUCCACCUGACACCAGCAUCCCACGUGGGCGCCGGGUCAAGUCCCGGCUGCUCCACUUCCGAUCCAGCUCCCUGCCCAGGGCCUGGGAGAGCAGCCAGUGUUUGAAUCCCUGCCACCCAUCGGGAAACACGGAAGUUCCUGGCCCAACCCUGGCCCUUGUGGCCAUCUGGGGGGUGAAGCAGUGGAUGGAAGACCUCUUUUCUCUGUCUUUUCUCCCUUUUGAAAUAAA